GCGAAUCAGGUGCUGGGAGAGGAGGAGGAGCCGGAGCCGGAGCCCGAGGGCUGGCAGCGGCCGUCGCCACCAGCAUGGCGGAGGGAGCGGAGCGCGGCGCCCGGGGGAGCUUUGCGCGCCGCUUGGAGUGAAAGGCAGCGCCGCGGCGCCGCGCGUAAAGUUGCCCUUACGCUCGCCCGGGGGAAAAGGCGCCGCCGCCACCGCGCCAUGGAUCUGGCCGCCGCGUGAGCCGGGAACGGAGGGACGGGGAGGCGCAACCGCCCCGCACCAUGGCUUCCAAGGAGCGCCUCUACGAGCUGUGGAUGCUCUAUUUUGCCAAGAAGGACUUGGCGUACCUGCAGCAGUGGCUGGAAGCGUUCGUCGCAAAUUUUGAGAAGAUCAUCACCGUGCAUUCGAUGGAACCGAGGAGGCCGGAGGACUCUGUCUCCGAGAUCCCGCUGCUCCCCUGCGACGUCCUGCAGACCCUGACCCAGCAGCUGACGUCUUGUGUGAACCAGAUCUCCCGCCAGGAGGUGGCUGAGGCAGGCCUCAACCAGGCCCUCUUGCUGAUCAAGUUCUUCAUCAUCAUUUGCAGGAAUCUUGAAAACGUCCAAACUGACCGGCCCCCGGUGUUUAUUCACGAGGUGACCAGUUUGCUGUCUGCUUACUCGAAGAAGCUCAAGAACGCCCAGGGACAGAAUUUGCGUUACCGGAGUCAGCUGGAGAACGUAACUCUCUACGUGUUGCACCUCUAUGAAUGCCUCUUUGAUCCCUACCAGACGUGGAGGAGGCAGCUGAGCGGGGAGAUCGUCAGCAUGAAAGAGAAGAGCAAAUACAAGUUUGCGCCAGCUGUGUUGCCUCAGGAGUUCAACUCGUUUUUCCAAGAGUGCUUCCAAGAGGGCGAGCAGCUUCCUGAGGUCCUUCAGGUGCGACUGAUCCAUCUCUUCGGCGCCAUCGUCUCUGGAGCCAAGCAAAACGCUCUCCUGGUGGUCACCCCGUCCUCGGUUGAGGUCCUCAUGCUGGUGCUUCGGAGGUGGUGUUCCCCGGUCAGCGGGCCCCCCAGAGACUCCAAACUGCUGCAGCUGACCCUGAAGGGCUUGGUCGGAAUGGUCCACGUUCUCCACGCCAGCAGCCCUGACCAGCGCCAAGUCGAGAUCCGAGCCAUCUUAGACAGCUACUUCAAGGUUUUGAACUCGGACCAGCCCAUGGCGUCGCUGGAAGGCUCUCCCGGCCCUCACUGGGAGGAGAGGCUCAUCGCGCUCAGGGUGAACAUGUUGGAUGCCAUUCCGGAAAUGUUAAACUGCGAUGACCGUCCCGUCCUGCAGGCCCUCUUCCUGAGCAACAACUGCUUCGAGCACAUCAUACGCCUGAUCCAGAACAGUAAGCUCUACCUGAGUGGGGAGUUCAAAGCGUCCUGGGACGAUUCCGCCGCGACCGAGACGGAAACCCGCCAGGUUUUCGACAACAACUCUGACGCCAUUCCCAUCCACGCUAUCGGAGUCCUCACGUCUAUCAUGAGCAACUCUCCUUCGGCCAAGGAGGUGUUCAAAGAAAGAAUUGGCUAUUCGCACUUAUAUGAAGUUCUGAAGAGCCAGAGUCAGCCGACCAAGAAACUGCUGCAGGAGCUCCUCAACAUGGCCGUCGAAGGCGACCACAGCUCUUCUCCCGCACGCCUGAUCCACAACGAGCAGCCCCUUUUGAUCCUGAUUAUGUGGAUCCCAGAGCUGAAGUCCCGGGAUCUCCAGAUCUUCCUCUCCGAGUGGCUCAAGAAGAUCUGCAAUGCCUCGCUGCAGAGCCGUACCACCUGCGUCAAGGCAGGGAUGGUGAGCUGCCUGCUGGAUGCCCUGUGUGCCACGGGGCAGGAGCUGGACCCCAAGUGCUCCGAGAACCUCCUCUACCUCCUCCAGGUCUUGGGCGGCCUCUCCAUCCGGCCGGGGGAACUGAGGCAGCUCCUGAAGCUCCUCCGGACUGAGCAGGGCAAGGGGCCUCACCCCUACACCGUCCAAGUCAUCCGGGCCCUCUCUGGGAUGGCCAGGAAAGAUGGCGCCGAGCGAGCCCUGCAGUAUUUCGACCUCACGCCCAGCAUGGCAGGGAUUAUGGUGCCUUCCAUCCAGAAGUGGCCCGGGAGCGGCUUCGCCUUCCACGCCUGGGUGUGCCUCGUCGAAGAGGCCAAAGACUUCCCAGAGGAAGCGGCCAGGCUGAAGCGGAAACAGCUGUACAGCUUCUUCACCACCAACGGGACGGGCUUUGAGGCCUUCUUCACAGCCGACGGGACGCUGGUGGUGGCUGUCUGCACCAAAAAGGAGUACAUGACGGUGGCCCUGCAAGAGUUUCCGUUCAACGACGCUGCCUGGGUGAGUAAGAGGCUAGGGCAGACCUGGCUUGGGUUUAUCGGUGUGAAUGUGAGAUACGUGGCCGCAGAAGGACACAACUUUCUACUGCACCUCCUGUACCAGUUCCUGCUCUUUGACUUCCGGAUCUGGAGCAACAGCGACUUUGCCGUCCGAUUGGGUCACAUCCAGUACCUGUCAAACGUAAUCAAGGACCACAAGCAGAGAAUCCGUAGGAAAUACGGUGUGCAGUACAUCCUAGACUCCAUCAGGACGUAUUACGGGACUUACAAGGAGAAGCCCAUCGCAACUGAUGACAUCAAGACGGUGCAGACGUCCCUCUUCAGCCUGAUCAAGGAGUUCUUCUGCAGGAACUUCUCCACCGAGGAGAUGCAGAGCACCUUGAACUACCUUGCUGCUGUGAAUGAUGAGCACCAGGUCUGCGGAGUGCUGGAGGUGAUCCACAGCCUUUUGAAAAGCUCCCCAUCCCAGGAGCAGAUUUACACGUUCCUCUUUGAGCCGGGGAACGUGGAGAUUUUUUUCUCGCUGCUCGUCCAGCGGAAGUUCUCGGACGAAGUACGCGAGAGGAUCUUCAAGAUCCUGUACAAAAUGCUGAAGUACGAGAAGGUGAACGAACGGAGCAAGCAGCGCCUGAAGCUGAAGGACGUUGGCUUCCUGGGCUUCAUCUCGUACCUGAACGACAUCCCGGUGUCCAUGCUGAUCCGGUACCUUUGGGAGCAGGUGAUUGGGACAGACACCCCGAACUACAAGGAUUUGUUGGCCGUGAUCUACCUCUCGCACCGGGCAGAGCUGACCGUCAGGCUGGACAUCUGCAGAGAGCUCUUCCGCCUGAUCUACAAGCCGCAAGACCCGGCCAAGCAGACGGUCAGGCAGCUGGCCAAACUGGCCGGCUGGCAGGACACCCUCACCAAGCUCUACGUCAAGGAGUCCUACGAGUCACGCCAACACAGCCUGUCGGGCUCGGCCAAUGGCGGAGGCAGCCUGGACCUCCCGAAGGCCUCGGACCAGCCGGGCACAGAGGCCGGGAAGGAGCCCGCCGGCGCAGCGCCCCCUUCGGCCUCCGACCUCCAGGAUCUGGACGUCUUCCUCCCGCUGGGCUACGAGGCCUCGGACCCGGAGCUGUCGGAAGGCUUUUCGGACCACUCGGUCUCGCCCACCAGCAGCCAGAGGGGCAAGGCUUUCCCGACGUACGGCUUCAAGUCGUUCGACUCCUCCGACCUGGCCAGCCGCUCCUCCUCUUCCAACACCAUCGAUCCUCCCGGGGCCACGGAGGCCCCCCAAGCGGGGGACACGCUCCCGGCCGACAGGGUCUACCACCCGCUGUCUCCCUUCUCCAUGUCUCCAUUCGACCUCGGCCUGGAUUUGGGCAGCACCAGCUCUGCCGCCACAGCCGAGAGCGGGGACCAGACGCCCGUCAGCCUGCCGGGGACCCCGUCGCCGCUGGAGAACUUUAAGCCCUUCCCGGGGACGCGGGUAAGGAAGAGCUCCAGCCUCUCUAACGUGCUGGACGACACCAGCUACCAGGAUACCUUGCCCAGUGACAGCAUCUCCAACACCAGCAACCCUCAGCAGACGCCCGAGGAAGAACUGUGCAACCUGCUCACCAACAUUGUCUUCUCUGUCACCUGGCGAGGGGUGGAGGGCUGGGACGACGCGGCCUGGAAAGAGCGCGGGCAGGUCUUCUCGGUCCUCACCAAGCUGGGUUCGGCCUGCGAGUUGGUGCGCCAGCCGGACGAGAUCAAGCGCAGCCUCCUGGAGAUGAUGAUGGAGUCGGCGCUGACGGACAUCAAAGAGGCCACCCUCGCCAUGCUGCCCAGCCUCACGCAGAACGCUCUCAAGCUGCUUCGGCUCCUCCAGGACUUCCUGUUCUCCGAGGGCCACAGCAACCAGGCCUUGUGGAGCGAGAAGGUUUAUGAGGGGGUCAACAGCCUGUUGGACAAACUGGGGGUCUGGCACCACUUGGCCAACGGCACCUCCGACUUGAAGGAGAUGGCGCAGAUCGGCUUGCGGGUGCUCAUUGGAUAUAUCUCACUGGAGGACCUACAACUGCAAUCCAUGGCCUAUGUGAAGCUCCACAGCCUCCUGCAAACGGCCUCGGCCCCCAAGAAGGAGGAGGCCUGCUACGUCCUGGGCAAGCUGGAGACCCCCCUGCGCCACUCGCUGCACACCAAGUCGGAGACCUUCUCCUGGCUGGUGCCCAUCAUCCGCACUUUGAUGGACAAGUGCUACGACACCCUGCGGCUGCAGCACUUCCUCCCCUCCCUGCCCCCCACCAACGGCAGCCCCACUUUCUACGAGGACUUCCAGGAGUUUUGCACCACCCCGGAGUGGAUCGCCUUCAUCGAGAAGCACGUGCAGCCCACCAUGGCCCAGUUUGAAGUGGACACGUUCGCCAAGAGUCAUGACCACAUGUCGAACUUCUGGAACUCCUGCUACGAUGCCUUGAUGAGCAGCUCCCAGACGAGGGAGAAGGAGAAAGCAGAGAGCAGGAGGAGGUUUCAGGAGUUGAUCUUGGAGCCGGUGAUGAAGAAGGCCAAACACGAGAACAUCCGCCACACCAAUAUGCUGAAGCAACUCAACAACCACCAAAACACUGUCCUGAAGCAAUGGAAGGCCUUGAGGAGACUGCUCACCUCCCAGCGCUCUGCCUGGGCCGAUCGAAAUCCUCCUGAGAUCCACUGGAAGUUGUCAUGCGCCGAGACCUACUCUCGAAUGAGGCUUAAGCUGGUACCCAACUACAACUUUGACCGUCACACGGAGGCCAGCGCUCUGCGUGACAAUCAGGGGGCCGAUUAUUUGCACAACCCGGCUGAGCCGAUCCCCUUAGCCGUCGCCAAGGAGGCAAAGGUCAGCGAGAUGCAGGAUGACCAGCUCGCAGAAGAAGACCUCUCCUUCCUGGAUAACCUGGUGGAGCCCAAAGAACAAAGUCAGAGGGAGAAGCUGGUGAUCUCUGAGGACUGCGAGCUGAUCACCAUCGUGGCCGUGAUCCCGGGGCGGCUAGAAGUCACCACUCAGCACAUCUACUUUUACGACAGCAGCUGUGAGAAGGAUGAGACCGAGGAAGGAAUCGGCUACGACUUCAAGCGCCCCCUGUCUCAACUCCGGGAACUGCACCUCCGACGCUACAACCUCCGCAGGUCCGCCCUGGAGUUCUUCUUCAUCGACCAGGCAAACUACUUCCUCAACUUCAAGAAAAAGGUCAGGAACAAGGUUUACUCUUCCAUCCUGGGCCUCCGACCACCGAAUCAGAUCUAUUUUGCCAGCCGCUCGCCGCAGGACUUGCUGAAAGCCUCGGGCUUGACUCAGAAAUGGGUUAACAGGGAGAUCUCCAACUUCGAAUACCUCAUGCAGCUCAACACCAUCGCAGGCCGCACCUACAACGACCUCUCCCAGUAUCCCGUGUUCCCGUGGAUCCUGCAGGAUUACAUCUCGGAGACUCUGGAUCUCAACAACCCCGCGGUGUUCCGGGAUCUCUCCAAGCCCAUCGGAGUCGCCAACGAGAGACACGCCAAGGAUGUCAAAGAGAAGUACGAGAGCUUUGAGGAUCCCACGGGCAUGAUUGACAAGUUCCACUACGGCACCCACUACUCCAAUGCGGCCGGCGUCAUGCACUACCUGAUCCGCACGGAGCCUUUCACUACUCUGCAUAUCCAGUUGCAAAGCGGGAGGUUUGACUGCUCCGACCGCCAGUUUCACUCCGUCCCCGCCGCCUGGCAAGCCCGCAUGGAAAACCCCGUGGACGUGAAGGAGCUGAUCCCGGAAUUCUUCUACUUUACGGACUUCCUGGAGAACCAAAACAGCUUUGAUCUAGGCUCCCUGCAGAUGUCGAAUGAGAAAGUGGGAGACGUCGUCCUUCCCAGAUGGGCCAAAUCCCCAGAAGAUUUCAUCCACAAGCACCGUAAAGCCCUGGAGUCAGAGUACGUGUCUGCCCACCUCCAUGAGUGGAUUGACUUGAUCUUUGGGUACAAACAGCGGGGACCAGCCGCUGUGGAAGCGCUGAACGUCUUCUAUUACUGCACAUAUGAAGGGGCAGUUGACCUGGAUGCCAUCGCCGACGAGACCCAAAGGAAGGCUCUGGAGGGCAUCAUCAGUAACUUUGGGCAGACCCCCUGCCAGCUGCUGAAGGAGCCCCAUCCGGCCCGGCUCUCUGCCGAAAACGCAGCGUCCAAGAGAGUCUCUCGCCUGGACACCAUCCCCCCCAAUGUCUUUGAGAACCUCAGUGAGCUGAAGUCCUUCUUUGCUGAAAGCAUCAGUGAUGGGAUCCCCCUGGUCCAGGCCGUGGUCCCCAAAAACCAAGCCCACUCCUUCAUGACUCAGGGAUACCCCGAUAUGCUGGUCACUGUCAGUGCCAACGGGCUACUAGGCACGCACGGCUGGCUGCCGUACGACAAGAACAUCUCCAACUAUUUCAGCUUCACCAAAGACCCCACCGUCUCCAACGCAAAGACCCAGCGCUUCCUGUAUGGACCCGUUGCUCCAGGGGUGGAAGUGUCCUCCAAGACGCUGACGGUCUCUCACGACGGGAAGCUCCUCUUCAGCGGAGGCCACUGGGACAACAGCUUGCGGGUGACGUCCCUCAGCCGAGGGAAGGUUGUGGGACACAUCAACAGGCACAUAGACGUCGUCACUUGCCUGGCCUUAGAUCUGUGCGGAAUCUACCUCAUAUCCGGGUCACGGGAUACCACCUGCAUGGUUUGGCAGGUCCUGCAGCAGGGUGGCUUCUCCUGUGGCCUGGCACCCAAGCCCGUCCAGGUCCUCUACGGGCACGACGACGAAGUCACGUGCGUCGCCAUCAGCACCGAGUUGGACAUGGCCGUCUCGGGGUCAAAGGACGGCACCGUCAUCGUGCACACCAUCCGCCGAGGCCAGUUCAUGCAGUCGCUAAGGCCUCCCUGCGAGAGCUCCUUGCCGGUGACAGUCUCCAACCUCACCAUGGGGCACGAGGGGCAGGUCGUGGUGCAGACGACCGUGGAAGGGAGAGCCUCUCUGAAGGACAAGUUUGCCCUACACCUGUACUCGGUCAACGGCAAGCAUCUGGUCUCCAUCCCUCUGGACGAGCAGGUCACUGCCAUGUGCGUCACGGAAGAGUUUGUCGUUCUGGGGACCGUUCAGUGCUCCUUGCAGAUCAGGGACCUGCAGAGCCUCCAAGCUGCUGUCGCCCCUUUGGCAAUGAAGGUCCCCAUCCACAGCGUUUCGGUGACGAAGGAGAAGAGCCACAUUCUUGUGGGCUUGGAGGAUGGGAAGCUGAUUGUGGUCGGAGCAGGGCAGCCUCUGGAGGUGAAGUCGGGACAGUUCCACAGGCGGCUGUGGCGUUCGACGCGUCGCAUCUCCCAGGUGUCGUCCGGGGAGACAGAAUACAACCCCGCGGAGUCCAAGUAAGCAGCUCGGUUCGGCUUUCACCUGUAGCCUCGCAGCCACGGCGGGACACGAGAUCUGCCCACCCUCACCCGCUUUGGGGGCGUCUUCCGCUGCCCGGAGGCCU